AUGUUCGCGGCCGCCUUCUGGCGCAGACUCGUCCCUCGUUCCUUUGCCCCCAUCGUCUCCCUGAGUGUCCUCAACAUGGCGAACGACACCGUUAACGACAGCGCCGUCACCCUGCGCCGCCAUCCGAAAUACUGGCUCGACGACGGCUCGCUCGUGGUGCGCACGCAGAACGACCUCUUCAAAGUCCAUCGCACGCUGCUACAUCGCCACUCCUCUGUCCUAUCCUCGCUUUCGAGCGACCAGUCACAAGAUGGGGGUGAGAGCCGGUCGAUCGACGGUUGCCCGGUGGUGCAUGUCCCCGACGAUCUAGACGUCAGCAGUGCCGACUUCGAGGCGCUCUUGGAGCAUCUGUACCACGACUUCCCAUUAGACCCCGAGGCACCGUUCGCACGAGUUGCUUCUGUCCUGCGUGCAUCUUCGAGCCGGCAGCUCGACUUCCCUGCGAUCCACCAGCUUGCACGGCAGAGACUAGAGAGUCUGUUCCCUACAGGACCUCAACCUGCAUUUGACAUCGAAAAUCCCGACGACGCCCUGACCCUGGCCGUCGACUAUCAUGUAUAUUCGAUCCAGAAAGCGUUGUUCUACACGCUAGCCACACACGCGAACCUCGACCACGACGAGCCCGAGGAGUACGCACUUCUCGGGACAUCCGCCCAAGGCGCUCCCACAAACGCCAACCCCUUGUCCCGCUUCAACCUCUCACCCACGCUCACGACUCGCUGCCAGGUGCUCCUAGACGACCUCAUCGCACACUUCACGCCGAUCCUGUUCACCGUUGCGACCGCAGGGCACAUGGCGUGCACGGACGUGUUCGCAGAGAAGUGGAUGCCGCUCGUGAUCACGCCCGCGCUUGCGAACAACGGGCUCUGCCGUCCGCUCGAGACGCUGCAGACGAUCAUGGAUCUCGACUGGGCGGCGGAGGGGCUGUGCGAGGAGUGCGUGCGGGAGAAGAGGGCGGAAUGGAGAGACGAGCAGCGGACAGUGUGGGAACGGAUGGACGGAUGGCUGGGGCUUGAGGGGAAGGUCUAA